AUGACACUGGAUUGCAUAUCUUUAAUUAUUGCCAUUAUCAUCUUUGGAGGCUGGUGGUUGCAGUGGAUUAUUCAUGUUACUGCCAUAAUAUAUGGUCGAAUAAAACUUCAUCGGAAGCUAUCAGCUCCACCUGAUUUCCAGUUCCCUGGCGUCAGCAUACUGAAGCCACUGACAGGGGUUGAUCCAAAUCUCUAUGCCAAUCUUGAAACCUUCUUCCAUCUAUUGUAUCCCAAGUAUGAAAUACUGUUCUGCAUAGAAGAGGAGACUGACCCGGCUGUCAUGAUAGUCAAAAGUCUGCUCAACAAAUACCCAAAUGUCGAAUGUUCACUUUUUGUCGGAGGUGCUCUAAAGACAACCGUGAAUCCAAAAAUUAACAAUCUGAUGCAAGGUUACAUUAUGGCCAAGCAUGAACUCAUCCUCAUAUCAGACAGUGGCCUCAAAAUGAAAGAAGACACAUUACAAGAGAUGGUAAUCAACCUUAAAGAGAACGUUGGUCUGGUCCAUCAACUGCCCUUCGUUAGUGACCGGUCGGGUUUUGCUGCUGUUCUCGAGAAGGUUUAUUUUGGCACGCAACACAGCAAGAUCUAUCUACUGGCAAACAUGGUGGGAGUCAACUGUGUUACAGGUAUGUCUUGCCUCUUCAGAAAGAGUGUGGUUGAGCAAUCGGGUGGCUUUGAAUCGUUGGGUAUCUAUCUUGCCGAAGACUACUAUCUAUCCCAAAUAUGUUUUUAUAAUUGUUCGUGUAACAGUGGCUGGAAGGUGAAGGUCUCCACACAACCUGCCCUACAGAACUCAGGCACAUACUCCAUAGGAACAUUUCAAAAUCGAAUGAUUAGGUGGAUAAAGUUGCGUUCAUUUCUGGUUCCGAUGACCAUCAUCAUGGAGCCGUUAUCAGAAUGGUUGCUCCUGGGUCUCAUUUCCAGCUGGGCCGUUUGUCGGCUCUUCAUGUGGAGUCCUAUAGCAUUUUUUCUGGUUCAUACAUUAAUUUGGUUCCUAUUAGACUACACACUUCUACUGACUAUACAGGGCUGCAACUUGCCAUUCUCUCGAAUAGACUUCGUGGCAGGUUGGUUGUUUCGAGAGUGCACAUCGCUACUACUAAUGCUGCGAGCCCACACCGUGCGAACGUUAACGUGGCGAUCGCGACAGUACAUCAUUGGUCGACACACCAUCGGCGAGGAAAUUCGAAAGGUUCACGACUGGACAGCAGUAUGAUGCUGGCCAAAAUAACCACGUUUAGAUCUUUAUUCUAAGUUAAACCUGAAAGUUCUUAUUGAUUUAUGUGUUUCUAUUUAUUAUACUUAUAAGUAAAUUAAGUUUCAUUAAGUCAGACGUUACUUAUUUACUGUUUAUAUGUGUAUGUAUUGAUUAAAUAGAUUGAUUGAUUAUAUGUUUAUAUAUAUAUAUAUAUAUAUAUAGCAAAUUAAAAUUUGCGUAGUAUAUAUAAAUUCGUGUGUUUUUUUUUUUAGUUUUUCUUAUUAAUCCUUUUAGAAUUUGUAUGUUUUUGGUUUUUUUUUAAGUUACCAUGUCCAUGCAUGUUUGUAUAUGUAUGUGUAUAUGCAUUAAUGGAUAAUGUAUUUUGUAUGUAUAUUAAAUUAUUUGUGUGUGUGUGUGUGUUUUAUACAUAAUAUACACAUAAUUACUCACAUGCAUAAAUUAUAUGUUUAGUACAAAUAUUUUUAAAUUGCUUAUCUUUGCUUAGUUAAUAUAUAUCUUCUUCUUUUAUCCAUAUUAUCUAGUUGGCAACAUUUAUUAUUCAAUUGCAUCAUCUGCCUCUCCAGUUCUGACUUUUGGUUAUACUUUUAUAAACUAUGUAUAUAAAUAAUCUAUAUAUAUAUAUAUAUAUAUAUAUAUAUAUAUAUAUAUAUGUAUAUAUAUAUAUAUAUAUAUAUAUCACGCACACAUACAUUUCUUCCAGGAUAAACAUGUUUUUAUUGGAAUAAUAAGUUGUCAAUUUUUGUAUUAUGAUUAAGGUUGAUGUUCGCCUCUGUUGUGUUACCUACCGCAUGGUAUGAAUUCGUGGUUGAAGCCGAGAUGGAUAGAUGGAGUGUUGUUGAGUUCAUGUAUUUUGAUGUUCUGCGUGUGCGUGUGUGUGUGUGUGUGCGUGCUUACUGUUUACUUUAUUGUUUAUUUAUUUAUAAUCCAAUCACUGACCCUUUUAAAAAAUAAAUUGCUUAUAAUAAUAAUAAUUGCACUUAUUUCUUUCUGGAUAUUAAAGGAGUGGUCUAUCCUAACAACAAUCAUCCUCCCAUCAUCAUUAUCAAUUAUUUCGCUGAUACAUUCGUUAAUUAAUUUACUGGUUGAAUUUUAGGAUAAUUAUGUUAUUACUUUUAUUAUUUUAUUGUUGUUAUUAUUAUUAUUGUUAUUAUUAAUUAUU